GCCACCCCCUUCCCCGUGCUCCCACCCCUUCGGGUCACCCCGUCCGUGUGUCCGUCCCGGAGUCCGUUUGUCUGCCUUUGUGUCCUUGUGUCUGUCCAUGUGUCCAUCCCUGUGUCCCGUGUGCCUGUCUGUCCCUCAGUCUGUCCUCCUGUCUGUCUUUUUGCCUCCUUUUCUGCCCUCCUGCCCGCAUGGCCGCCCUGCUGUCCGUGUGUCCGCCCUUCUAGCCGUGUGUCCGUCCUUCUGUCCGUACGCCUGCCCUUCUGCCCAUCCAUCCAUCCAUCCAUCCACCCGUCCGUCCGUCCGUCCGUCCAUCCUUCCGCCCGUGCGUCCGUCCUUCUGUCCACGUGUCCGUUCCCUCUCUCCGCUCUCCUCUCCACCUGCCCAUCCCCGCCGCUCUCCCCGUCCGUCCGUCCGUCCGUCCGCCCCGUUCCCCUCCCGGGGCCUCUUCCAACCAAUGGGGCCGCGCUGUGGGGCGGAGCGGUGCGGCGUUCGGGACCGGGAGCGGCGGCGGCGGAGGAGCGGAGCAGAACCGGGGCGGGGCGGGGCGGGGCGGCACCGGGAGCCGCCGGUGAGCACCGGGUAACGGCACCGGAGGAGCUGCCCGCCAUGGAACCCAACGGGCCCCGUAAAAUCCAAUUCACCGUACCGCUGCUGGAGCCGCACCUCGACCCGGAGGCGGCGGAGCAGAUCCGUCGACGCCGACCGACGCCGGCCAGCCUGGUGCUGAGCAGCGACCAAUCGUCCCCAGAGAUCGAUGAGGACCGACUCCCCAACGCCCUGCUGAAGUCGGGUCUGGCCAUGUCCCCCCGGCAGAGGAAGAAGGUGUACUGCACCACCCCCACCGUGAAAGAGCUGCAGAUGAUGGUGGAGCAUCACCUGUGCAAGCAGGCGCGGGGCGAGGAGGACGAGGAGGCGGCUGCUGGAGGCCAGGAGCGCAGCCCAGGCUGCUGCCACCGCGGUGACACCGAGCACAGCCACAGCCCUGGGGGCAGCUGCCCGCUGGCCCAGGCUCAGCCAACACAGCAGGGCGGCCCAGGCCCCGGUGACAGGACCCACGGGGGAGAGCGGCGAAGUCCGGGUGAUGAGGGCACUCAUAUAGCACCGGGGGGAAAGGGAGCUGCUGGCGGCCUGUAGGUGCUGCUGUCCCCGUUGGAGCCGAAGCGCCGCCUGCUUUUUUUCUAUCAAUCAUUUUCUAAGAUUCCGACGGCGUUCGUGACGGAUUUUUUUUAUCUCCCCCCUCCUCACCCCCCCCUUUUCCCACCCCCCUCUUCUAUGGGGACAAAACCCCCCUCUGUGUCCCCACUGCCACCACCGGGGUGACCCCAGGACCCCCCCCCCCCCGGUCCCCUCGCGCUCCAUUUUGGGGGCACAGCUCCUCGUUGAGGGGAGGGAGGACGAUGGCACACCGGUGCUGCACUGCGCACACAGCCGCCGCGGGCACGAAUGGACACACGUGAACACGCGUGAACACACACACACACACACACGUGAACCCACGCGCACACGCGAGUGCACGCAGAGCUGAGCCACACUGCUAUUAAAUGGAUCCUUUCCACA